AACAUAGCAGAGUUUUCAUCUUGCUCCUCCUCUCUGUCUCUCUGAAUUUUCAUCGAACACAAACCAUUUCAUUUCUCGCUCAAGUUUCAUUUUUGAAUUCGAUUUUCUCUGUAUUUUUCGAUGAUCCACGUUUUUCUUCGGAUCAUUUAGAUUUUUCCGCUGCAAAUUCAGUCCAUCCUUCUUCUUUCCUUCAUUCCAUUUUCUAAUUCUGUCAAAAUCCGUUCAGUUCUCUCAACUGGUUUCUCUUUCCAUUUCUAUUUGUUCUUAGUCUCUUACACUGGAAUUUCAUACUUUCUUUUCUCCAUUUGCAGAACAAAAGGGAUAAUUUUUAUAGUUCCCUCUGUUUCCUGCACAUUAUUUUCCACCGUCUUUCUCCGUGUUCGUUAUCUCGCCGGGAAAAAUGGAAAGAAGCUCAGAUACAGAUGCUUCACUGUCUUUCAUGACCGGUAUCGACAUUCGCUCAUCUCUAUCGGAACUCUUACUAUCUGGUGGGACAAGUCCAUUAGACUCGAUCUUCUCUAAUUUCCCGAUUUCAAACGCUGUGAACAGUCCAGCACAAGAGCCAUUAGGUUCCUCCGUUUAUCUUCGCCAGAAGGAGCUGCUACAAAAGUUCAGCGACGAAAGCAGAGCUAAUAGAGCAAUUGGUCGAACAGCAUUGACCUUCCCUUUCCCUCAGCAGAGAAUUCAGGAUUAUGCAUUUACAGGUACUGGCUUGAGUUCAUGUAGGAAGAAGCUCUACAGAGGGGUGAGACAGAGGCAUUGGGGGAAAUGGGUUGCAGAGAUUAGGCUACCACAGAACAGGAUGAGGAUCUGGUUGGGAACACACGAUACUGCCGAAGCAGCAGCGUAUGCCUAUGACCGGGCUGCGUAUAAACUACGCGGUGAGUACGCUCGCUUGAAUUUCCCUAACCUCAGGGACGAUGGGAUUAAGUUUGGAUUUGCAGACUCUGCCAAGCUAAGUGCUGUGAGGUCCUCUGUGGACGCCAAAAUUCAAGCCAUCUGUCAGAAGUUAAGGAAGAAGAAGAAGAAGUCCAGUAAAGAUGGUGAUGCCCGUGAAAGAAGCAGUAGUGAUGAUGGUGGUGGUGAAGAGAUUGAGAAGCGAAGAAAGAUAGAUUCAUCGUCUUCGCCAUUGUCGACGUCUUCUUCAUCACACGUUCCUGUUGAGAAAUGGUGCGAAGAAAUGUUCUCGCCAUCUAAUUCUGCGUCUUUUGUUUCCACAAAGCCUCCAGUAAUUGCAGAGGAGGAAGGCUUAGAAUUUGAAGAAGGUUGUUCUCUUGCAAGGUUGCCCUCGUUUGAUCCAGAAUUGAUCUGGGAAGUUCUAGCCACUUGAUGGCAGAACCAGAGAAGAUCUGUUCUGAGAAAGUUAUACGUAGUUUUUAAGAUGGGGUUAGCUUUUGAAAAUGUAGGAUCCGUAUCUGUUAAUUUCCUACCUUUGUUAGUUUUGUAGAGGUCACAGCUUUUGUGAGGUCCCGAACAUGAAAGAAAGAGAGUAGUUUUGAUCGUACUGUACUGUACUGUACUGGUUAGAGAAGGUUUGUACUUUGUAGUCUAGUUUAUUUGGGGUCUCUGGUUCAUGUUCUAAAUUCGGAUGGGAUCGGUCAGUAUCGGCUGACAAAUGGAAUGAUGUCGGCUAAUCCCGAUAAAUCAUAAUAAAAUCUGAUUAAAAAAAAAAAAAAAAA